CGCAGCCGCCGCCUUGGUUGCGUCUGUCAGAGCCGGGGCUUGUCAGCGAGGGGCAGCCGGUGCCAUGGCGGUUCUGCUGGAGACCACCCUGGGCGACGUCGUCAUCGACUUGUACACCGAGGAGCGGCCGCGCGCUUGCUUAAACUUUCUGAAGUUGUGCAAAAUGAAAUAUUACAACUAUUGUCUUAUUCACAAUGUACAGAGGGAUUUUAUCAUACAAACAGGAGAUCCUACGGGGACUGGCCGUGGAGGAGAGUCUAUUUUUGGGCAGCUGUAUGGUGAUCAAGCAAGCUUUUUUGAGGCAGAAAAAGUACCAAGGAUUAAACACAAGAAGAAAGGCACCGUGUCCAUGGUGAACAACGGCAGCGAUCAGCAUGGAUCUCAGUUUCUUAUUACUACAGGAGAGAAUCUAGAUUACCUUGACGGUGUCCACACAGUGUUUGGUGAGGUGACAGAAGGAAUGGACAUAGUUCAUAAAAUUAACGAGACCUUUGUUGACAAGGAUUUUGUACCAUAUCAAGAUAUCAGGAUAAAUCAUACAGUGAUUCUAGAUGAUCCAUUUGAUGACCCUCCUGAUUUAUUAAUUCCUGAUCGAUCACCAGAACCCACAAGGGAACAAUUAGAUAGUGGUCGAAUAGGAGCAGAUGAAGAAAUUGAUGAUUUCAAAGGAAGAUCAGCUGAAGAAGUAGAAGAAAUAAAGGCGGAAAAAGAAGCUAAAACUCAAGCUAUUCUUUUAGAGAUGGUGGGAGACCUACCUGAUGCGGAUAUUAAACCUCCAGAAAAUGUGCUGUUUGUGUGUAAAUUGAAUCCAGUGACCACAGAUGAAGAUCUGGAAAUAAUAUUCUCAAGAUUUGGGCCAAUAAGAAGUUGUGAAGUUAUCCGUGAUUGGAAAACAGGAGAGUCCCUCUGUUAUGCUUUUAUUGAAUUUGAAAAGGAAGAAGAUUGUGAGAAAGCAUUCUUCAAAAUGGACAAUGUCCUUAUAGAUGACAGGAGGAUACAUGUGGAUUUUAGCCAGUCUGUUGCAAAGGUUAAAUGGAAAGGAAAAGGUGGGAAAUACACCAAGAGCGAUUUCAAGGAGUAUGAAAAGGAACAGGAUAAGCCAUCCAAUUUGGUUCUGAAAGAUAAAGUAAAGCCAAAACAGGACGCAAAGUAUGAGCUGAUCCUGGAUGAGCGGGGCGACGACUCGCAGUCAGCGCACUCGCGCACGAGCAAGAAACACAAGAAGAAGACGCGACACUGCUCUGAGGACAAGGAGGAGGAGGAAGGCUACGUGCCCGUCAGAAAUGCCAACCAGGACAUCUACAGGGAGAUGGGGUUUGGUCACUAUGAGGAAGAAGAGAACUGUCGGGAGAAACAAAAGAGUGAGAAGGGAGACCGGACUCAGCAGCGCAGCCGCAGCCGGUCUCGGGAAAGGGAUUGCCGCCACAGCACGAGCCACAGACCCAGACACCAAGCAGAGCCUCACGAGAGAGAGAGGAGUGGGAAGAGAAACCGAAGCAGAAGCCCAAAGAAAUCCAAAGACAAAGACAAAUCCAAGUAUAGGUGAGAGAGGAAGCAGCCGAGAGGCCAGGCUGGCGGGCGUGCUCUCUCCUGCUGAGGGGCCCAAGGAGUUCAGGUGUGGUGUCAGAGCAGCAAGACCCAGCUUGGUUUUUCUUAUUUUAAAUACUAGGAUAAUAGCCCUUUUAGAUCCACACUGACAGAGGGCACUGAAAAAAUCAUUUUCUGUACAUACUUUUUCAUACUAAUUGUAUUGUCAUGAAUACAUGGUAGAAUUCAUUUUCACCACCUUUCGUACUUUCGCUCCUCUUUUUAAGUGAAGAAUUUCAUACUACAGAAGUACAUAGGCGUGUAAUAUAAAUAAAUGUCUGUGUACCUACCGUCCAGCUUCAAAAAGAGAAGCGUGGUUAUUGUCGUAGCUCCAUGUGUCCUGGGCUUCUUGAAUAUCCUCAUGGAAUUUUGUGUUUGUUGCUUCCUGUAGUUUUACAAUGUGUGUAUGUAUACCUAACAAACUUUAAAUUUUGUAUGUUUUUGAAUUUUAUAUAAACGGCACAAUGUAUGCUUACUUGUAUAAUUCCCUUUGUUCAAUUUAGUCUUUUUAGGAGUUAUUUUCAAUGCUAUGUAGUAGUGUAUGAAUACAGUAUACUUAUCUGUUUUUUUAUUGAUGGA